UUUCAAAAUGGACGUCAGAUUUAUUGACUUGAGCCUGCAAGUUUAAAUUUUAUGAUUUUUCCCGAAUGAAGAUGGGGAAUAAUCCAUCACAGCUGGAGAAAGAAAUAGGUACAGAGCAGUUACCAGCCAAUGAACAUUACUUUGGUCUUGUCAAUUUUGGUAACACAUGUUAUGGUAACUCUGUGCUGCAAGCUUUGUUCUUUUGUCGACCAUUCCGAGAGAAAGUUUUACAAUUUAAACAACACCAGAAGAAUAAUAAGAAAGAGACAUUAUUGACUUGCCUGGCUGAUCUUUUCUAUAGUAUAGCUACACAGAAGAAAAAAGUGGGAACUAUCGCACCAAAGAAAUUUAUCACCAGAUUGAGAAAAGAGUAUGAAUUAUUUGAUAAUUAUAUGCAGCAGGAUGCACAUGAAUUCUUGAAUUACUUGUUAAACAGAGUAUCAGAGCUGCUUCAAGCAGAAAAACAGGGCAACAAACCAAAGUCAGUGAAUAACCCAGAGAUCCAGAGUAAACCAGAACCUACAUGGGUAGAGGAAUUAUUCCAGGGUACCUUUACAAACGAGACGAGAUGUCUUAAUUGUGAAACAGUUAGCAGCAAAGAUGAAGACUUUUUAGAUCUUUCUGUAGAUGUAGAACAAAAUACCUCAAUUACACAUUGUCUUAGAGGAUUCAGUAGUACUGAGACACUGUGUGCUGAACAGAAGUAUUACUGUGAAGUAUGCUGUAGUAAACAGGAAGCCCAGAAAAGAAUGAGGGUAAAAAAACUGCCACAGAUAUUAGCCUUACAUUUAAAACGCUUUAAAUACAUGGAACAGAUGAACAGAUUUACAAAACUUUCAUACAGAGUUGUCUUUCCUUUAGAAUUGCGAUUAUUUAAUACAUCAGAUGAUGCUUUCAACCCUGAUAGAAUGUAUGACCUUGUUGCCGUGGUGAUACACAUAGGUAGCAGUUUAAACAGAGGUCAUUAUAUCAGUAUUGUUAAAAGUGAUGGUUUCUGGUUAUUGUUUGACGAUGAUAUUGUUGAUAAAAUUGACCCAUCUACAAUAGAAGAUUUUUAUGGACUGCCGUCAGAUCUACAGAAAAAUUCAGAGACGGGAUAUAUUUUAUUUUAUCAAUCCAGAGAAUGAAGUCAACAAAUCAAUACAUUCUUGUACAGAUUCUGAGAAUUUUUUAUAAAGGAAACGAUCUGUGUUUAGGAGUCAGCUGUGAAUCCUAUAUUGCAAUUAGAAAUAAUUAUUCGGAAAAAAAAUACUUUUCAAACACAGUGAAAAAUGUGACAGUAUUCCUGUUAGUAGGAGCAUUCGAGAUUUAUUUCUUGCAAUGAUUUUAAAAUUGCAAUAAAUUAUUAACAAAACAACAACUAUUUAUUUCACUUUAACUCUCAUUGUCCAAUAAAUAUAAUAUUAUAUGAAACACACUCCAAUUUCUUUUUCUCUGAGAUUUUCCACUUUCUAUUUAUGUGAUGUAAAUACAACUAUAAAAUCUCAUUCAAUUGAAAUUUGUAAAAUAGAAAAAAAAAUUAUCCUUUAAAGAUAGAGUUUAAUCAUGAUAUAAUCUGGACACAAUUGUGUUAGCCACUGUGAUGUCAUAGAUAUUGGACCAAAAUAAACAUAUUUCAUUUUGUUUGUGCAUGUGUUAAGGUGAAAUAUAAAAAAAAUGUUUGACUGACAUCAGCAUCAUCUUGUGUCUACAAAUCUGUUUUGAGUGUUGUUGUUUCUCAUAUUCAAAUAUAAAAAAUAUCUAAAGAAAAUAUGACCCUGAAAUAUGACAGGGAUGGCAGUUACUCCUAACAUGUAGGAAGUUUAUAUGUUAGAACAAUUCAGCUAGGAUAUCAUGGAGAUACUGUACUGUAAAUUCAGAAAUCAUUCCAUGUAUUUUUUUAUUGUGGUUAAUGAACAAUGAAUAAAUACCAGAGAUUUAUUAUUGUGAUUAAUGAACAAUGAAGUCAGAUUUAUUAUUGGUUUUCCAGGAAAUGCUGCAUUCAAAAAAUGUCUUCAAAAUUUAAAAUGCAGAUUUUUUUUUUUUUCUAAAGCUAUCAGAUCUGGAAUUCCAAAAUAAUAAAAAACAUCUCAUAAAUUCUGAAUUUACAGUAACUGAUAUCCUACAGACUUCCAUUCUGUCUUGUAUAUUUCUGAAGGUAUUGUUUUAUAGAUUGCAAUUCUUUUGAGACUUGAAUUCAAAUUGCUAUAUCAUGCCUCCCCUUUUGUUGCAAAAAAUAUUAAAUAUGUCAAACCUAAUAAACUUUAAAUUUCCUGUGCAAAACGUUAAGUUGCAAUCCCUAAAUAUGAUUACUACAAUAUAAUUUUAAUUCAUACUGCAUUCCAAUAAGAAUUUCUGAUAGGACCACCAGAAAUAUACAAGGAAAUGUAUUUUUUAGACUGUAGCAUCCAUGUAAUAAGGACUAUUUCAAAAUUAAUUGUAAGGGGGGGGGGGGGGGCUGGAAGAGUUGGAUAUACAUAAUAUUAAUAAUUUAGCGGUAGUGGGGUUCAAAACAACUUUUCCCACUAUAAUGCAUUACAUUUCUAAUUUAGUUUGUAUGGGUGGGGGUCUUCAGAGAAAAUGUCUUUCAACCCAUCCCCCAUCCAUUUAAUUUUGAAAAAGCUCCAACCCUAAACCAGAAUCUGUACACUCUUAAGUCUUUCAUUCCUGUAAGAUAUUUUGUUAAGAACUUUAUUUAUUAUUAUUGUAGAUAAUUAGCAUAAAACCAGAAUUCACUUAGAUAAACAUUAAACAGAUUAUUUUUACUUAAAAACAUGGAAAAAAAUAUUAUGAUACCCAGGCAUUUUGAAGAUCUGGAUAUUGCAGCAGAUAUUUCCCCUUUACCACUCAUUGAUAUAUUUUGCAAUACUUGUGGGUUUUUUUCCCAGUAUAUUGUCAUUUUAUUUGUAUUUUUGAACUUAUAUGUUUAAAUUGUUACUGCAAUAAUCAUGAUGAUAUAUUUAACAUCUCCAAAUAUAAUUUUUUAGUGUUUCCUGGACACUGUAGGAUCAGCACAUUUUCCCAUUCAGCCAACUUUUUGUCUGGUAAUAUAAGACUUAAUUAUUCAGAACUACCUUCACAUAAAACUGAAAAUUAAGCAUGGUGCCUUCAAUUUCUGAUAUUUUUUUGGAUUUUUUAUGAUUAAAUAUGUAUCAAAUAUAUGUACUAAAUAUGAUAUUUUUUUCAUUUCUUUGUUUAUGUAUUGAAGAAUGAUAUAUCAAAUCCUUGUGGUUCAAGGGAAAUGCUCCACAAUUAUUUAUUUAAAGAGUCACUUAAAAUAUUGUAUAUGAAAUAAUGUUAUUUGAAAAUAUCUUUCCAUUUUGGGAAUUAUUUUUUCUUCUAUAUAUUUAUAUGCUGUUACGGAGAAUAAUCACAUUUGAGAUUAAAAUACAUUAAAUUUCUUUUCAAAACAGACUUUAAAAUUAUUAUUUGAUGGUUUCCUGCCAAGCCUGCAGCAUUUAGAGUGAUAGCAAAAACUGAUUGGGUCCUGUUAGGUUAACGUUGCUUCCUGUGUAAUAACUUCUUUGUAGAAAAAUUUGGAUUAGCAUGAUGUCUAAUACAAAGCAUGGUAAAUUCAUAUUCAUUAACUUGUAAGCGUCCUUAAUAUGCACAUGCUUAAUAGUUGUCGCUGGGCAUAAGACAAGCACCAUUCAAUCUCCGUUACAGCUAAUAUUAGACAAGCCGAUAAACUGAAAUCAAGUAAUUUUAUUUUUUUUUAAAUUUUGAAAUAGCAGCCUAUUAACAGAGGCCUUCCUUUUUCAUGCCAUACAUUUGAUAAGGAAUGCUAUUAAUUUUAAAUACAAUGUUACUUGAAGUUGAUACUUUUCUGUGUUAACUGUUUUGGCAUUUUUUUUAUCAACGCAUUACAUAAGCAGCAUUUGAAUUGCAUUACAUCUUAUAAUGUAAACUGCUAUGUUUUUUUUUUCAAUUGAGACAUCAUCUCAUCAUUAUGAAAUAUUUUAAUGUAAUGUAAUUUUUUAACUUAGUACCUUUUGGGAUCUGAAUAUAUAAGCAGACUUGUAACAUAUUUUAGUAUUUUACAAUCUAUUGAAAACAUUGUAUAAAGGAUAAACCUAUUUUUGGUAAAAAACAUACUUUUAUAUUGUUAUUUUUAUUGAACAGUCAUGUACAAAUUAAUGCAUAAAAAGGAUAACAGGAAUUGCCAAAAGAUUUGAAGUAAAACAGACCACACCCC